AUGGGCAAGCUUAUCAAGAACCACUGGGCUCGGCUCAUCAUGCUCACAGCCGCUACUUACCAAAUCGGCGCCGCCAUCGAGGGCUUCAUCUGGCCCAAGAUCUUCUGGGACUUCCUCACCCACUCGCUCGACGUCAUGGUCAAGCCCUUCCCCGUCCUGCAAAUCAUCAACCUCAUCUUCGGCAUCGCCAUGAUCGCCCUGGAGUGGCCCCUUCCCCUGCUCGCCGGCACCAGCGUCCACCGAUCCAUCGAGUUCCGCCUUGCCGUCCUGCCGCUGUCCGCGCUCGCCUGCCUGCUCAUGUAUCAGUCUACGAAUCCGGGCCUGUAUUAUCUGGUGGGCAUGGGUGCAUAUUUCUGGGCUUUCAGCGAAGGCGAGAUCAUCUGCGCAAAACCCUGGACUCUACCUCCGCGAACACCAAAUGCAAGCAGCAAAGUCUGA